CUUACUUAUGUUUUUUGAACAUUUGUUUUAUAAUCAGAGGUUAUAAUUGAAUUGCAGUUUAAAACAAAUUAUUUUGAUAACUUGCAUAUCACAGAUGUCUCAAACACUUUAAAUGUGAUUUGUAAUGCAGAUAUAGAAAGAGAGACAUUAGCCAGCUUUGGCAUGAAUGGCUUUGGAAGUUUGUUGAAGUAUUAAGUGAAAAUCUGUAAAGGGACAAUAUGGAGUUUUGUACAAACGGCACAGAAUUCACUGAAGUGUGGAUUGAUGAGGGGCUUAACCAGUGCUUCUUGAAUACAAUAACAUCAUCAAUUCUGUUCCUUUUCAUCUUUGUUUUUGGCUGCGUUCAAUGCUCCAUGUAUAGGAAAUACGCGACCAAAAUCGACAAGAAGUAUGUUAACUCCAAUUUUGGUUCAGUGGUGCAGAUCUUUUUGACGGUACUUCUUGUACUGGAGUCGCUGUCUCACAUUGUGACGAAAGAUUUGUUGAAAGAGAAUGGAGGAGUUGUGGGCGUGGACAUUCUUACAUUUCUUUGUUUGUUUAUUGCGUGGUCAAGUUCUUUGAAAGUUUUGUCAUUAGAACGAAAACAGAUGUUACCUACAAUUCCGACAAGGGGACAUGGUUUACUCCUUCUUGUGUUUUGGACCUUGGCAUUCCUCAGAGAAAACCUAGCUUUCAUCAGCUGGUGGAGUCAUUCAUGGUUCUGGUAUUUUGACAGUGCCUCUGAUCAUGCUGAGUUUAUACUGUGGGUUGUAAGAUAUUCAUGUACCACACUUUUGUUCUUGCUUGGCCUAAAAGCUCCAGGAUUACCUAUCCAUGGUUACAGAGCCCUGCAGUCAGAAGAUGAUGACAAAAAGGGAGAUAAAUCUGGUAGACAUGAAGGUUCAACAUGGAGUAAUGUUUUGAGCAAGUUAAAGAUGAUGGCACCGUAUGUAUGGCCUAAAGGAAGCUGGUGGAGACAGUUAAUUGUGCUAGGGUGUCUCCUGAUACUAGGGGCUGGGCGUGGAAUCAAUGUGUUUGUUCCUAUUUAUAACAAAUAUAUAGUGAACAGUUUAACCUAUGACCAGAAGACAACUGUUGAUGGCAUGCUGGGAGUGAAGGUACCGGAGUUUAGAUGGGACUUUAUCUGUAUAUAUAGUGCUCUUCUUUUCUUUAAAGGAAGCAGUGGAGGAGGUUCUGGAUUUCUUAACAACAUGCGAACAUUUCUAUGGAUCCCUGUACAACAGUAUACAACACGUAGAGUUCAAGUCAAACUGUUUGGCCAUUUACAUAGCCUAUCAUUGAGUUGGCAUCUUAAGAGAAAGACUGGUGAGAUAUUGAGAGUUGUUGACAGAGGAACAAACAGUAUUAAUAAUCUUCUUAAUUAUGUAGUGUUUCAGAUAUUACCAACUAUAGUAGAUAUAUUAAUAGCCGUUGUAUACUUCAUCACAGCAUUUAACUAUAUAUUUGGACUGGUUGUGUUUCUUGCCAUGGCUCUUUACCUUGCGGUGACUAUAUGGGUUACAGAGUGGAGGACAAAAUACAGGCGAGAAAUGAAUCUUCUUGAUAAUGAAACUAAUUCAAAAGCAGUUGAUUCUCUUCUAAAUUUUGAAACUGUAAAGUACUAUGGAGCUUCAGAUUUUGAAGUGGACAGAUACAAUAAAGCUAUUCUAAAAUAUCAGAAAGCUGAAUGGAAAGCCACUGCCUCUCUGAACCUUCUCAACACGGCACAGAAUGUGGUCAUUACUGGUGGGGUUCUGGCUGGCUCCCUGCUCUGUGCCUGGGCUGUGGUCCAUAGCCUGAAUGGUUUACAUCUUACUGUUGGAGACUAUGUGCUGUUUGGGACAUACAUUAUACAGUUAUAUGGACCUCUGAAUUGGUUAGGAACUUAUUACAGAAUGAUCCAGCAAGCAUUUAUAGAUAUGGAAAAUAUGUUUGAAUUACUGGAUGUUGGUCUAGAGGUUGUUGAUGUGCCAGAUGCCAAAGAUCUACAAAUACAGUCUGGACAGAUAGAAUUCAAGAAUGUAGAAUUCAAAUAUGAGCCCACGAAAGAUAUACUGAAAAACAUUUCAUUCUCUGUGCCACCAGGACAAACAUUUGCUUUGGUUGGUCACUCUGGAAGUGGUAAAAGUACAAUUAUUCGACUGUUGUUCAGAUUUUAUGAUGUACAGGCGGGUACUAUAUGCAUAGAUGGUCAAGACAUAUCAAAGGUAAAACAGGAGUCGUUAAGAAAGUGUAUUGGAGUGGUUCCCCAAGAUACAGUAUUAUUUAACAAUGAUAUAAUGUAUAACAUACGUUAUGGCCGGGUCACAGCCUCGGACGAGGAAGUGGAAGGUGCUGCCGACGCUGCAGAUAUUCAUAGUAGAAUAUUAACUUUUCCAUCAAAAUAUGAGACAGUGGUAGGAGAGAGGGGAUUGAAGUUGAGUGGAGGAGAAAAGCAAAGAGUGGCAAUAGCUAGAACUUUACUGAAAGCACCUGCAAUAGUAUUACUAGAUGAGGCUACCUCAGCAUUGGAUACAAAAACAGAACGUAACAUUCAGACAUCCCUGGCUAGAGUGUGUGAGAACAGAACUACCAUAAUAGUGGCACAUCGUCUUUCAACAAUUAUACAUGCAGAUACUAUAUUGGUUCUUGAUGAGGGAGAAAUAGUGGAGAGAGGAACGCAUGAUGAGCUUCUAGUCAAGCAGGGACCUUACUAUGAAAUGUGGCAACAACAGCAGACAAAACUAGAGGAGGCUGAAGACGAUAAUUCUUUAAACAAUGAAACAGUAUCUGUAGAUAUUGAACAGACUAAAACUUAAACAAUUUAGUUAGUUUAGGAUUUAUCAAUUUAUGUUGUCCGCAAUUCCUGCCUAAAAAAAUAAAUUGUAAUUUUUCAACAGUUUAGCCUAGUGGCUUUGUUUACUGUCCUGCCCUCUGAUAAAUGUUGUGUUUUCAGUAGAGGAAAACUUAGUUUAUAAAUAUAAAGCUCUUUCUUCACUCAACAGUCUUGAAAUAUUUUUGUCUCGUCAGUUUUUUUUCUUAAAAAUGACUGGUUUUAUGGACAAGUCCAUUUAAGACGCCUAGUAUGGUAAGAGUUAAAGAAUUGAAUUGUAUCAAUUAAAGUUAGUGACAAAUUACUUUAAAUAAAAGCAGGAUACCUUUGUCUGUAAGCAGAUUUUUAUUGAUUCACUUUAUUAUAUAUGAUGAAAUUGUACCAUAUUUUUACAUAAACAUGCAAGCUAUAUUGUUUUCACAGUAUUUGUAACGAUGUAUUUACAUUCAGAUCUAGUUUUUGUUGUUUCUAUAGUAUUCUGUUUAACAAUUUUUAUGGUUUUGAAAACAUAUCAGUCUCCUUGUUUCAUUUAAAGUGACAUUAUGCUCAUUUAAUAGUCAAGUUAAGCUGAACUGACUUUAUAUUUCAAAAGAUUGACUGUUAAAAUGGUGAUUGACCAACAGUUCAUAUUGGAAAAUAUUUAGGAUAAAAUUUAAAAGCUGCCUAAAAUAUAAAAAGACUGCCCCACUCUUUUUAUGAAGUGAACAUUACAGGUGAAUUCUAAUGGAUAUUUACGAAAAAUUUGUUUGGAUCCAUGCAUUGUUUAUUGUUAAUUUGAAAUAAUUGUUUUUAUUAAAAGGAAUUGUGGCAAAAUGAAAACUUAUUUUGACUUUCACCUGUUCAAUCAUUUAUACACUUGGAUUGGCAUAAUUUCACUUUAACAAGUACCUUUCAAAUUUAUAUAAAAUCUUGAAAUCUUAAAAACUGUGAAAUAAUGAUGUUUAAAUAUAGUAAAAUAUUACCAUGAAAUGAUAAUGUUUAAAUAUAAUAGUGAAAUAUGACCAUGAAAUAAUCAUGUUUAAAUAUAGUGAAAUAUGACCGUGAAAUAAUCAUGUUUAAAUACAGUGAAAUAUGACCGUGAAAUAAUCAUGUUUAAAUAUAGUGAAAUAUGACCGUGAAAUAAUCAUGUUUAAAUAUAGUGAAAUAUGCCCGUGAAAUAAUCAUGUUUAAAUACAUGUAUAGUGAAAUAUGACCGUGAAUCCUUACUAAGCAUCCUUUGCUGAGUGGUUAAGGUUGUUUACAUUAAAACAACUGGCACCUCAGCACUGUAGGUUCAAAUCUCUACAGGGACUGUGGAUUCUUUAAUGUUAGGAAGCUAUCAAGUUAGCUGGCUCUACUCAGGUUCUUGUUUGUGUCUGAAAUAAAACACAGAUAGACACCAGAGGUCUUCCUCCACCAGUAAAGCUGGAAAGUCACCAUAUGACCUUUUUCAUGUGAUGUAAAACCCAAUUAAAAAAUCCCUCGCUAACAAUUAUUACACUCGUCACAUACGAGAUAUGGUACAGAUUUAUUCGAACAAAAUUACUUAAUAAUACCAGAGGUCUGUGUGACGGAGGUUGUGAUCUUUAAAUCAUGAUCAUCUCAUUGAGUCCCUGCAUAGACUGAGACCACAAACAUAUUCAUGUGAGACUCGGAUAUACACCUCUGUUUGUUUUCAACAAGUUGCACCUGAAAGAAUUGUGAUUUUUUUUUUGUUAUUUUUAUCUUGAAGAUGUUGACAUAUACU